CAGUUGCGAUAACAAUCGAUUAGCUCUAAUUAUAUGUAUAUAUGUAUAUGGUGAUGGUGCAAUCAACAUCCGUAGUGAGUUUUCUGGUAGCCUGUGCCCUGUUGAAUACGAGUACAGCAGCACCUGUCCAUGCACAUAUAAAUGCUUCAAACGAUUCGCCUUUAAGUAUUGAGCGUAGAGCAGUAUUAGACGGCAAUGGAAAUUAUUAUUCGCUACGUAAUAGGUAUCACCCAGAGUGUUUAAAUGCCGAUCUGAACAUAAAGAAAGGUGUUCAUACAGGGGAGUGCAAUACCAGAGACACGCUAUACGUGAGGUAUAUGGAGGACGAUGAGACUAUCCGUACACAUCAUGAUUGGUGCUUAGGUAUGGGUAAAACAGAGGAGCCAGAUGGCACUGAAUCCAAGAAUAUGGAGGUACAGGAGUGCAAUGGUAGUGAGGCUCAAAAAUGGAUGGCCCCGAAUUACGAUGGACAGCGCCAUCUGGAAAGUAAGUCCGAACAUCUGUGCGCGGAUGUCGAGCAUCAGCACUGGAAAGCGGAAGUUAUCCUCUGGAACUGUAAAAGCAUUAAUAGCUACAAAUUCCUUAAUCAACAAUGGAUCAGUUUUGGGAGAAUGGUAAAAGACGGCAAAGCUGAUUUUGUGGUACAAGAAAUGAGCGAAUCGACGGUGAAUGGAAUGGCCAAGCGUGUGGCGUGACGUACUUCGUACACCUAAAUUGAAAUAUUAGAAAUUUUAAUCGAGUUUAUCCGGCUUAACGAAGAGUCUUGUUCAGGUUCGGCGUAUUCACACACUGGCCACCAUCGUAGAGCCCAUCAAUGCGCAACAUGCAGCGCCACACAUUUGUCAAGUAGGCCUCUAUUGAAGCACGACAAACUUUCGAUCAAACGAUCAAUCACAGAAACGAGUUGAAUCAAUCACAGAAACAAGUUGCGGCAAACACUGGCGAUUAGCUCGCCAAAAUUAGAACGAAACAAUUAAUCAUAUUAGUCAGUAAGACACAAGGUAUUAAAUUCCAAGGUUGGACAC